GGCUUUUCUCCAAUAGAUGGCACUGCUCUAAGUGUUCUCGUCAUAUUGUUCUUUUCCGUGAUCUCGUUGACUGGAUUCGAAGGCAAUGCCCCGGUUUCGUCUUUGUAUUUCUAUAACAGCAAAUACUUAACAUAUCCCAAGACAGGAUGGAUGAAUAUCACAACGAGGGCUCGUUCAACACGGAGGAAGCUGACAGCAUUGUCAAAGAGUGUAUUGAGAAUGUAGUAGGUAACGAGGACUACAAUCAAAGUUUGGUUAACAAAUGGACUUCCACUAUAGUUGAGCGUUGCCUCACACAGCUGGUCAAACUGGGGAAACAGUACAAGUACAUCGUUACGUGUGCCCUGAUGCAGAAAACUGGCGCCGGCUUGCACACGGCAAACUCCUGCUACUGGGACACAGCCAUGGACGGAAGCUGCACAGUGAGGUGGGAAAGCCGCACCAUGUACUGUGUGGUCAGUGCGUUUGCCGUGGCCAUCGCGUAGCGUGGUGGCAGGGGGUCUCCAUGUUCCACUUCCACACAGAGGCUGUGACAGUAUGCCCCGCAGCAGCUUUUUAUGUGUAUCAUUUUGAAAAGAAUUUUAAAAUAAUGGGACUGCAUGCUGCAGCUACAAUUUGUCUUCAGUCUGUCGCUAUAGAAGAGUUGAACACAUCAGAAGGAAUGCGUGUCUAUUUAUGAGCAACUCUUCUAAUUAUUAAAACAAUAUGCAUCGCCGAUUAAGCUGAGUGAGUUCAGUGUUUGUGGAGGAGUUUGUAUCUAAUUGGGACAGGAGCAUGUGUUACGGCAGCUAAUUUAAUGAUGCGGUAUGUCAAUGGCUCGGCCAAAAAUAGUCUGUAAGAAUUCCACCGCCGCAUACGACACCAGUAGUGGGUUAAAAGAUGAAGAUUGUGCAAAUAAAAAUGUCUAUAUUUGUCACAAUUACAAAUUAAACUACAUAAAUAUU